UACUAAUUACUAAUAAAAGAGGUCCUAAUUAUCUGUCUAGUACGAUCUUUAAGCUUAGAAGCCGUAUUGUCCUGCCUAGACCAGUACAUUGUAGACGAAGACAUUCGCCCGAGGGCCGGGGUCGCUACUCCAGACUCCGAUACCACUGGCCCGAAACCCCGAAAAGAACUAUGCGGCCCAGGGCCCUUGUCAACAAGGUGCUACCUAAAAGAGACAUGGCGAAGAAGAAGAUCACAAGUCCUUUUGUGGAGAUAGGUUAUAAAUGCUGGCUUGCGAUGAUUGCAAAUAUCAAUUUUGCUUCUAAAUUUAUCUAAUUGUCCUUCCAGCAUAGUUCAGUGCCACUAUACCGUAUAGUGUUCAUCAUGGCAGCUAGGACAGCAGUUGCGACUCAGUCGCCGACAAUCCAUUCCGACUUGGCCAUGAAGGACGACGCUAUGGUACCAACUUCUUCAACUAAGCCAGAGCCCAAAUCGAUGAAAUGGGCCUGGCUAUACAUUUUCGAUUGGUAUCCUUCGUACUACUCAGCAGAAGAGAAGAGGCUGCUUCGAAAGCAGGACUCCAUCAUUCUGCCGCUCUGUUGCUUGAUGUUUUUCUUAAAAUGGCUUGACUCGUCCAACAUCAACACGGCCUACAACUCCGGUAUGAAAGAGGAACUCAAGAUCACCGGCAACCAAUAUUCACUCUUCGGCACAUUUUAUAACAUAGGAUAUCUCAUUUUCGAAAUUCCUUCAAUGAUGAUUAUAUCCAGGCCUAAUUUGACACGAUGGUAUUUGCCGACUAUGGAAGUUCUGUGGUCCAUGUUGACCUUCGUUCAAUGCAGACUUGCUAGCGACAAGCAGAUCUUCGGUUUACGAUUUUUGCUAGGUGUUCUUGAGACACCUGCAGCCACUGGGAGUAUUUACAUUCUUUCCUCCUGGUACAGAGCAGACGAGAUGUUUAAGCGGGCUGGUGUUUGGUACGUGUCAAGCAACCUUGGAGCCAUGGUUGGUGGAUAUCUCCAAGCAGCAGCCUAUCAAAACUUGAACGGUGUGUCUGGGAUGUCUGGUUGGCGAUGGCUGUUCAUCAUUGAUGGCACAAUCAGUCUGCCAAUCGCUUUAGCCGGUUACUUCCUGUUUCCUGGUCUACCGACUAGUCCAAAGAUCUGGUGGCUCAAAGAGGAUGAACAGAAACUCGCACAACAACGAAUGAGAGAUGAAGGUGUCCAAAAGCCGAAGAAAAUUGGCAAGAAAAUGCUGAAGAGAGUGUUUCUCCACUGGCACUUUUACGUUGCAGUAAUAACCUAUGUUUGCUUUCAAUGCACUUCGUAUGUUGGGGGCCAGAUGGCUCUCUGGCUUAAAUAUGAAGCAGAGACGCAUGGUACCUAUACAAUCGCGCAGAUAAACAUCUACCCGACCGGAGUACAAGCUGUUGCCAUCGUUACUGGCAUUCUUUCAACAUCUUUAUGCAUGAUAUACCCGCUAUGGGCAAUCAUGACAGUUGUAUCGGCUUUCCUACUCUUCUCAAAUAUCUGUCUGUUGAUUUGGGACAUCCCACUAGGUCUUCACUUUACGAGUUACUACUUCCUAGGAAUGACUUCAUGCGUCACACCCAUACUGUUCCCAUGGGUGAACAUUGUCAUGAAAGAUGAUAACGAGGCCCGAAGUUUUACCACCGGAGCCAUGGUAAGUCGCCCGCUGUCAAACGUCGGCCCUUUAUUUUGUGCUGGCUAACUCGAAUAUAGAUGACUAUUGGAUGGGCGUUUUUCAGUUUUUACCCUAUUACUGUAUUCCCGGUGCUCGAGGCACCUCAGUGGCGGAAAGGUUUCAUUGUCAAUACUGUGUUAACGGUCGCAUUCUGGUUACUUUUCAUGUUAGGUCAA